GAAAGGAUGUUCAAAUUCCAUACAGCCGUGAAUAUAAGGUCGUGAAUUACCGACCUAUGUUAAUUUUUUUUCUAGGAUGUGAUAUCGUUAUUAUCGUAUCGUUAUAGAACAAAUAUCAAUAAAAAUAUCGAUAUUUUGGUUUCGAUAUUAUCGGUUGGCCGAUAUAUCGUUGCAUCCCAAAUCUUUUGUUUGUUUACAUUUAUUUUUCCCUCAAUCUAACCUCAAUAAUAAUCAGUUUUCUCAAGUUUUAUCAACCAGUUUUAUAUUAUAGAUUACAUACGUUUUGUAUUUUCAAUUUACUAAUUAAAAAUCAACAAUGUCUAAGCAAGAUGGUCAUGAUAACACUCAUCUAAAAGCAAUGCCGUAUUUAGAGUAUCAAAAUGCUUUAAAAUUCAGUAAGGAACAUUGCGAAGUUAUUGCUAAACUAGCAAAUAUCAAAAUUUCAUUCGACGACAGUCAGCCUCCAGGUAAACUUCUAAUGAAGAUGUUAUUCAGACAAGGGUGCUCGAUAAAGUCGUUCAGACACCUCUUAACAGCUGCUGAAGACAUAAUGAACACUGUUGUAUACUACCGUCCAAAAGCAAAGGUCGCCAUACUCAUAGCAAAUGAUAAAUACCAAUAUUUAUCAAAACUGGCAACACCGUCAAUAGAUUGUGAUUCUUUGUCAUCAAAUUUGAAAAAUCUAGGUUUUAUUGUUGUUAUGAUUAAGAAUACCAGCAGUUGUGUUUUGAGAGAUAUUUUAUCAAGACUUUUUGAGUUGUUAUCUGAUGAUAGUUAUUGUUUCAUAUUCUACGCUGGCCAUGGCUGUGAGUUAGUCAACACCAAAUGUAUGUUAGGGAUAGAUUGUCCCACAGAAAACAUAUCUCUAGAACAUUGUAUCACGGAGAACUUUCUACUCGAACAAGUUUAUAAGUGUAAACCUGACCUGUGUAUUUUGAUUAUGGACAUGUGCAGAAUAAAUCUGGAUAGGACUGUACACCCUGAAGUAUACUCCUCUAUAAGCACAACAGAGUCAUACAAUGUCCACAAAAAUCUAAUAAUAACAUACUCCACUCAGUCCUCCCAAGCUGCAUACGAAGUACUGCAAAUAGAAUGCUCGACCACUAUUAAUGAGACUUAUGAGUUGAGGACGGGUGACUCCGCGAGGAUAGUUCCUGGUGGCAGUCAGUAUGUUAAUUCCCUGUGUACAAGGCUCGGCGAUAAGAUGGAUAUAAAUAGUUUAUUUGAUAAAGUACACGGAGAUGUUGAAAAUUCUAUGAAAAAACAAAAACCAGUAAAAGUGCAAUGGGGCGUCGAUAAACGGUCAUUGUAUGACCCACCUUUAGGGGACACUGAAGUGCUUUUGAAAACAUUAAAGGAAUUCACAAAACAAUACGACGAUUAUUGUUCUGCAUUUUAAAAUUAAAUAACAAUUCAAUAUGGUGCUAAGCUAAGUAAUUAUUAAAACACUUGAACCGUCACUGGAAGCUUUAUAAUGAGAACAGUGUGACCAACUUCCGUCGAAUUGUAUCAGUUUUCGUAGUUUUAUCCGCCUCGUAGUGGCGCCACCUGUCUGUCGAGUGUUAGUGUUAGUGGAGUGCGCGCCAUUUUGUGUCAUUGACAAUAGCACCAGGCAGAAGUUAAGUGUAAGCUUACAGUGAGGUAAGUAUAUUAAUAUGCUUUUUAUUUCAGGUAAAACGUUGCUGUGAUAUGCCUAAUAAAUAAUUAUUGUUAUGAUUAAAUAUUACAUUAUUUUGUAUUUUACAACAUUUUGACAAACGGUUGAAAUAAUAAAAAACAAACAAACAAACAAUAAAA